CUCUCUCUCUCUCUCUCUCUCCGUCUCUCUCUCUUUGCGCCUACAAAUAUGGGAAGGUCUCACAAACUUUCUUGCAGCUUCUUCUUCUUCUUCAUCCUUAAAGCCGCUGGCUUUUUCAAUCCUAAGUUAGUCCUGCUUUGAAAUCGUGAAGAUCCGUAGUUGAACUCCAACGCCCCAUUCAACAAAACUUCCUUCUCCACCUCUUCUUCUUCGUCCAUAACAGAAAGCCACCGAGAAUCCCUGUUUUCGGGUCGAACCUUGAGCUAGAGGCUUCUCAGUCCCAAGGUUGAAUCUUGAGUCUCAAAUCUCAAUGGGUGAAGCUCCAGCUUUUGUUGUAGAGAAUGUGAUUGGAGAAUUUCCCAGUGGGGUUGAUUUGAAGCCUAAGGGCAACCAAACAGCCAUUGAUGUUGGGAGCAAAACAUAUGUGAUUGGUGGUGGGGCUGAUCAUGAACUGAAAUCCACAAUUGGAGUUCAAAUUUAUGAUAAGGCUAGUGGGAAAUGGAUAAACCCUACUGUUUUGGGGACAAAGCUCAAGGCACCUGAGGGCUUCUCAGCCAUGCUUUUAAACGAUGACCGGAUUUUGGUUGUCAAGAGGAACUCCCCCGUGGGUGAUUGCUUUUGGUUUCUUGAGGUGAAUACCCCUUUUGUAAGACAACAAGCCAAGAGUUUUGGAACUGAGGUGGUUGCCUGGAGCAAGGGAGUUAUAGGUGAUGCUGAGAAGCCCAUUGUCAUCAGCGGUCCUUCGGGAGUGGGAAAGGGAACAUUAAUAUCGAAAUUAAUGGAUGAAUUCCCAUCCACGUUUGGCUUUUCUGUAAGCCACACCACCAGGGCUCCACGAGAGAAGGAACAAAACGGUGUUCAUUACCAUUUUACAGAGCGAAGUAAAAUGGAGAAAGAUAUUAAGGACGGGAAGUUCCUAGAGUUUGCCAAUGUUCAUGGGAAUCUAUAUGGAACUAGUGUAGAAGCUGUUGAAGUGGUUGCAGAUUCUGGCAAGAGAUGCAUUCUUGAUAUUGAUGUUCAAGGAGCAAGAUCUGUAAGGGCUAGUUCUCUCGAAGCCAUUUUCAUAUUUAUCACUCCCCCGUCAUUUGAAAAGCUGGAGAAGCGCCUUCGUGCAAGGGGAACCGAGACUGAAGAACAGGUCCAAAAGCGUCUUCGAAAUGCUAAGGAAGAGCUUAAACAAGGGCAGUCACCCGGCCUCUUUGAUCAUAUCUUGGUCAAUGAUGACCUCGAGACAUGCUACAAGGAUCUUAAGGCAAUAUUGGGUCUUAGCGAAGGUGUCAAAACCGUCCAUAAAACAGGUCCAAAAUUAGCUGACUUGCCCACGGAUUGUUCUGUGACAAUUAUCGAUAAGAAGAUACUGAUUAACUCUAAUUCUGCAGAACACGGAAAGACAUCAAACAAAACAUUUCUUCUCGACUUAUCUUUGCUCAAGGGAGGGGCACCAGGACGAACGAGAGGACUAAACCUGCGUGCCAUUGAUUCUUCCACAGACACGAAACAACUUAGCUAACAUUUUCCUGAUUAAACCGAAAACUAGCAAGCUCUCAGUUUUACUCGAAGUUUGUUUGUUUUGUUUUGUUUCGUUAUUCGUUUUUUUUUUUCCCAAGUAACCAUAAACGAUUUGAGCACUCAACAGAAAGAAAAAGAAAGGGUUUGAGAUUCAUGCGGCAGAGAUUAGGCCAGUACUUGGUAGUAUCACCACAGGAUUCUGGUUUGUAACAGAGGAAUUCAGGAACUGUGAAAAGUAAAAAAAAAAAAGUGAACUUUGCAGUUUCUUUCAUAUGAUUCUUUCACUGUUUUAGCUUCAAUUUCAAUCAUGGAUCCAUGCAUAUGCUGACUCAUAACAUUGAAUUUUAUCAUGUUUGUUGAUGAUUGGAAACUUUUGUGGAUUUGUUAUUUACUAGGUAAAUACUGUCUUGUGACUCUAAUCAUUAAAGAAUUACAAUGAAGUAAAUUAAUCUUAAAUUGUUCAUAGCUUAGCUGUUCACUUUAAACUAGAAAGGUCAAAUAAGCCGUUUCUGUUAAGAGUUAACAACCUGAUCAAUUUUGUCGAAUUGUCUUGCUGUUUUUGUUAAAAGUCAACAGUCUAAUUAAUUUGACUGGUUGGUAAACUCCGGCGGCGAGCUUAGCUGGCGUGGCAGGGGAGGUGUGGCGAGUGGGGCAUGAGAAUUGAGAAGAUGAGGCGAGAGACACGACGGCGGUGGGCCAAACCCUAGCUGGCGGUGGCAGAAAAGGAGUGGCUACUUGUUCAUUAUGUGGAACACAAAUCAACCACUUGUGGAACCUCUAAAUUUAUGUCUUUUUCAUUACUCUUUUCUUUGCCCACUCCAAACCAUUUAUGGAUGAAGAAAUUUCAAUUUGAUUAGAUUUGAAA